AUGAACUAUGUGGCAAAUCCUGUGCACACAGGAGUAGGGCCAAUCCAGUGGCUUGCAACUGAUAGCCUUACAUACUAUACAGCCAAGUGUACUGGGACAUGGACUGAAGACUGUUCUAUUAAACGAUGUGACAACGGAACAACUGUAGUUGUAAAAGAAUGUAGAAGUGAAAAGCUUACAUGUGCCAACAAUUUAAAGCCCAUUGAAAUAAUAAAUGAAUGUGGCUGCCAAGGUUGGGAAUGUGGAUGUGAAUGUGAGGUGUACGGUGACCCACAUUAUAUCACUUUCAAUCGGCUGUCUUAUGAUUUUUACAAGAAUUGCACAUACGUGCUUAUGGAAGAACAGAAUCCAAAAUACAACUUGCGUGUUCUAGUAGACAAUUACAACUGCUUUUCAUCUGCACCUAAUUCAUGUUCAAAGGGGUUAGUCAUUUUUUACAAAAAUGAUAUUAUCACGAUUACAACCUCUCAUGGCAAUCUGUUAACGAUCAACAGAAUUCAACAAAGAAUUCCCCACACAAGAGAUGGAAUAAAGAUAACUAAACUGCCCAGUGGAAGUGUAAAUAUUUACCUCACUAAUAUUAAAACAACAAUCAUUGCUGACUGGUCUAAUUUUAAGAUAAGAGUGCCAGAAAAAUUCUUCUUGAAUAAUACCCAGGGACAGUGUGGCACCUGUACAGAUAUUCCUGAUGAUGACUGCAUGAGACCAAGUGGGACAAUAGAGCGUCCUGACUGCUGUCCCAUAACAGCAUUAGAUUGGAAGUAUGAUGACCACAAUAAGCCAUAUUGUGAUUCACCUCCUCCAAAAAAGGCAUGCAUUGUGGAACCCACUCCCACUCCUUGCAUUCCCAACAAUUCUUUGUGUGACACUAUCCUACAAAAACCAUUUGAAAACUGCACAAAGGAUCAGCUUAAGCCUUAUUAUGAAAGUUGUGUAAAGGACAAUUGUCUAAAAAAUUCUACAAAGCUCACCUGUUCCACCAUAGAAUCUGCUGCUGAACAUUGUAGCAAAGACACAUGUGUCGACUGGAGAUCCACUGUCGAUGAAUGUAAAAUGAAAUGUGAUGAAAAUUUUGUCUACAAGCCUUGUGCUCAGCAAUAUGAUGAUUACUGUGAGAACAACUCAGUGAUGAAUGGGAUAAAACUAGUCUCAUAUCAAGAAGGCUGCUUCUGUCCAGAUGGAAUGAUGAUAUCUGAAGACAAGACCAAAUGUGUUUCCACAUGUUGCCUGGAUAAUAAUGGAGAACGAAGAAAGAUAAAUGAUAUAUGGUCUGGUUGGAAUAACAGUUGUAUUACCUACACGUGUACUAAAAGGGGGGUUGUAACACACAAGAAGACCUGUAACAAUGAGUCAACUUGCGCAGAGGCUUACAGAGUAUGGGACCAUGAACACUGCUGCUACACCUGUAACUUUAGUGGUAAUUGUAAGCAGAGAAGUCAAACAACCAAUGUCACAAAAGUCAUCCAGAAUACAAGCUGUUCAGCAACAAUUGAACUAAAUUUCUGUGAAGGGAAUUGCCCGUCCUCAGCUCAAUAUAACACUGAGACACACAACAUUAAGCAUGAAUGUAGUUGCUGCCAAGAAAUAGAGACUGAAAUUAGGAAGGUGAUGCUCACUUGUCAAGAUGGUAGAAAAAAUGAACAAUACAGCUACAUUUACUUCAAGUCCUGUGGCUGUCGUACAGACAUCUGUCAUGAUUCUGCUACAAAAAAGCCUCCUGCUGCAAUAUUUUUCUAGAUCUUGAAACCUAAUGUUGAAUCCAAUGUCCUAUAAAUGUUGAUUCAAAUUUCCUCCAAAUUUCAAUUUUACCUGUCUAACUAAAUCACUGCACUUAGCUAAAUGUUAUUUAGGACCAAAUGUAAUGUAAA